AUGCUUACUUUGGUUUUGUUCUUCUUGUUCCUGAACAUUUUACCUCAGGAGCCCAGUUUCAUUCAUCCCAGGUGUUUUUGGAGAAUGCAGCAGAAUGAAGAGAAUUAUGGUGACAUAUUGAGAUAUUAUACCUUCUAUAUUUUCCCAAUAAAUAAAAUAGAUGCUGUGGAGUAUUUGGAAGGCCAUUUGCAUAAAGAAAAACAAAAUGAAAACUAUCAGUUUGUAUUGGCCUUAAUUUUUUCUGUGGAUGAAGUCAACAGGAACCCUGAUCUUUUACCAAAUAUGACUUUACUAUUUGAAAUUUUGCCAAGUGGGUGUAAGACUAUGCCACAAUUUCGCACUUGCAUUCAAUAUUAUUACAGUAUACGUAUUAAAGAUACUACUGGUGUGUUUCCUAAUUAUCACUGUAAAAACUGGGCCACAUGUAUAGUUAUGCUUUCAGGACCAAGCUGGGUAGUAUCUUCUAUGGAUGCAACAGCCAUGCAAAGCCUCCAUCCUUAUCAGUUUUUUCAGCUUACCUAUGGACCCUUUCAUCCUUCUCUGAGUGAUGGUGAACAAUUUCCUUUUCUGUAUCAAAUGGCCCCUGAAGACACAUCCCUACCUCUGGCUAUGGUCUCCCUCAUACUUCACUUCAGCUGGAAUUGGGUUGGACUGACCAUCUCAGACAAUGAUCAGGGUAUCCAAAUUCUCUCAUAUUUGAGAACAGAAAUGGAAAAAAAUAUACUCUGUUUUGCCUUUGUUAACAUAAUUCCGCUCAACAUUCAUUUGUUCAUAAGAAGAGCUAAAGUGUAUUACAACCAAAUCUUGAUGUCAUCCUCAAAUGUUAUUAUAAUUUAUGGUGAAACAGAUAGUACUCUAUCUUUAAACUUUAGAAUAUGGACAUCUCAAGGUAUACAGAAAAUAUGGGUCACCACCUCACAGUUAGAAGUCACUACAAGUAUGAGUGACUUCUUGCCUGAAUUGUUCCAUGGGACUCUAGCAUUUGCACACCACCAUGCUGAGAUUUCUGGUUUUAGAAAUUUUAUCCAGACAGUGAACCCUCUCAAAUACUCAGAUAAAUACCUCGCAGGGCUGGAAUGGAUGAAUUUUAACUGUGGAAUCUCUGCUUCUAUGUGUAAGACACUGAGGAACUGCUCAUCCAACAGCUCAUUGGAAUCACAGACAUUCGACAUGGCUUUUAGUGAUGACAGCUAUGACAUAUACAAUGCUGUGUAUAGUAUGGCCCAUGCUCUCCAUGAGAAUCUUCUUCAGCCAAUGGACAAUCAGGAAGAACAUCUGUCUAACUGCAUGAAGCUGUACUCCUUACUUAGGAAGACCCACUUCACUAAUCCAGUUGGGGACAGAGUGAACAUGAACCAGAAAGAAAAACUGCAGCCAGAGUAUGACAUUUUCCAGAUUUGGAAUUUCCCAAAUGGUCUUGGACUGAAGGUGAAGAUAGGAAUGUUUAGCCCAUAUUUCCCACAUGGUCAACAGCUCCAUUUAUAUGAAGACGUUAUAGAGUGGGCCACAGGAAGUAGACAGAUGCCACCCUCUGUGUGCAGUGCUGAUUGUGGUCCUGGAUUCAGAAAGUUCAGGCAGGAGGGAAUGUCAGCCUGCUGUUUUGAUUGUAGUCCCUGCCCAGAAAAUGAAAUUUCUAAUGAAACAAGUGAGUAUUUACUGCACCAUGUACAUAUAAGAAUCAAUGAAGAUCAGAAUAGGACAUCAGAUCCACUGCACUCUGGUAUCCAGGAGGAUAACUGUAUGCUUUUCUUUGGGUUGACCUUCUUAUUUAGCUUGUCUAGGGUUGUGAAGCAUCCAGAGGAGCAGUAUGUCAACAUGGCAGAACAAGUGCAUUCACAAUGCUACAACCUUUAUGAACUAGGAAGAACCGUUGACCUGGAACUCAUGAGAUUGUUUCUCUGCUGUCUCAGUGCUGGUAUUAAAGGAAUGUGCAAACCACAGCCCAGUGCAAGUGGAAUUCUAAAGGUCCUCCAAACUUCUGUGAAGGUUGGGCGAGGGACAAGGCACUCCUCAGAUUCCUGUGCUUGGGAAGUGGAGGCAGGAGAGUCUGCAGCAAAAACAAAAGGCCUCAGAGGAGCCAGUAGAAAGGCCUGGAGUGCCAGCAUGGAGGCUGCUGCCUGA